AUAUUGUCGGAUCGCCAAGUUGCCUUUCUUUCGCUUUAGGCUAAGUUACUUCACGUCUGAGCUAUUUUCUAUACGGCAAGCUAAAUAGAAACAUCGAAAAUGGAAUGUAAGAUUGAGGGUCAGGAAGAACAGUUGUUCAGUAGCCAUUCUGAGAGGACCAAUGGCAAGCACCCACAGAUCGUAAAUGGAUUAAAUCGAUCACCAAAGAAAAUACCACUGGGUGAACAACCGCGUGCAGUCCGGCGACAGGCAUUUAUGGUUAUACUGGCCAAUAUGGGGGUUAUAUCAACUGGUUUAGCUCUGGCUAUUCCUACAGUUUCACUACGCCAGUUGACCAGCGAAUUGGAACCUGUGUAUUUAAAUAGCACACAAGCUUCUUGGUUUGCAUCUAUUAACACAUUGUCUUCUCCAUUGGGUGGUCUAUUGUCGGGAUUACUACUCGAUAAAAUUGGACGUAAGCGUACUCUCUAUGUGUUAAAUUUGUUGGCCAUCACAGCCUGGUCACUGCUUGCCACACCGAGUUCGACGAGUACUGAAGCAUUUUACUGGCAGUUAUUUAUAUCUCGUUUCAUAAUUGGAAUAGUCAUGGGAUUGGCUAGUGCGCCUUCUGGUGUUUAUGCAGCUGAGAUUAGUUUACCGAAGUUACGAGGCUGCCUUAUACUUGGCACCUCCAUUUCAGUGGCUUUGGGCAUAACAAUUCUCUAUAGCAUUGGUUACUUUAUACGGGAUAAUUUUCGACUAAUUGCGCUUAUUUGCUGUUGCUAUCAAAUAACCGCGUUGCUCUGUGUGCUACCAUUGCCAGAGUCGCCUAGUUGGUUGUUAUCUAAGAAGCGUGUGGAGGAGGCUAUGGUGUCACUUAAUUAUUUUCGUGGACUGGACAAGUCACCACGUAUCAAGCAUCCUGAAGUUUUAGAGGAGUUCAAUAUUUUACAAAAGUCACUGCAUCUUCGUGAUGGCGAGAGGAAACCAUCGUUCUUAACUUGUCUAAAAUUGCCUGAAGUGCACAAACCGCUGUUGAUUUUGAUGGGUUUGUUUGCAUUUCAACAGCUUUCAGGGAUUUUCGUGGUCAUUGUGUACGCUGUGCAAAUCUCCAGUGACGCAGGUGUCUCAAUGGAUCCAUUCAUGUGCGCUGUUCUCAUUGGAAUGGCGAGGCUGGUGACAACUUGUCCCAUGGGUUAUGUGCUAGAAAAGUGGGGCCGGCGACGUGCUGGAAUCAUAUCAACGUUUGGUAUGACCGUCUCCAUGUUUCUCCUGGCUGGUCAUGGUUGGCUUGAAGUUCUCCAAAGCGUGUCUUACCUACCAGUCAUAGCGAUCGUAAGCUUCAUUGUACUUAGUACAUUGGGUCUCUAUACUCUGCCUUUCUUCAUGAUUUCGGAGCUUUUUCCUCAAAAAGUGCGUGGUCCAGCUUCAGGUCUAACUGUGGCAGUGGGUAUGUUCUUUGCAUUUUUGUGCAUUAAAAUGUAUCCGGACUUAAAAUCAAGCAUUGGCCUGAACAACGCGUUUAUCUUUUUUGGCGCUAUGUCAUUUUUGUCUAUGACAUUCAUUUAUUGGAUUCUGCCUGAGACUCGAAGACGUACACUUUUGGAGAUCGAGGAGCGAUUCCGAACUGGCAAACCGAAAAAGGGGCCGGUGGAAGUUGAAAUGCAAGAAGUCUUUGUACGCUGACAAGAUGCAGUUACAUUUCAAUAUUGAGCACGUGAGGAUUAUGUGCUGUGAU